AUGUUUCCAAAGUAAAUUUAAUAUAGUCAAUCUCAAAAGACGAGUGAUUAUAGCUUAUCUAGUCAACAAUUUAACUAGCGACCUUUUCGAUAUGAUAACCAAUAAUCAAGUAAAGCACCUUGGUAGAAACUUAAGUCAAAUGAAACCGACAAUGAUCCAAUAACAAGACGUGACAGAACAGUUAAAUCAAUAACUGUCAUAUAAGAAAUAUUUAGUUGCAGCAAUUAAAAAAAACUGAUAAAAUUAGUUAGUUCAUUUCUAUAGUAAGAACAGCAAUUAACUCAGAUUGGUGAGCAAUUUGACAAAUAGCAAAUAGUUUCACUCUUCUUAAAAAUUCAUCAGAUGCAAAGUCCAUAACUUGUGUAAUUUUUACAUUUACUUUAUGAUUCUCUGUUUUCUUUAGAUUCAUCAGUUAGUUCUAAGAUUUACACAUAUCAAGAUGUUCUUAAAUAUAUGCUUCUAUCAAAUUAUGAAUAAAUAUAAGGGCAAGCAGGGUAAUUGACCAGAAUACUUGAGAUUUUAUCAGAGAUGCAGAUUCUGAAUCCUGAUUUCAUAGCAUUUGAGGAAGAGUUUCAAAUUGAUAUGGAAGAAAUUUCAAAUUCAUUUAACAAAGUCUAAUUGCGAAUCCUGUUUUUAGUAAGUUCAAUAGAUAUACUAAGAGCUUUGAAAGGUUCAGUAGCUUUGUUUGAAUAAUUAGAAUCGUUUGUGUUUUCUUAACUCAAGAGUAGUUAGAUGCCAAAUAUUAGUGAUAUGCAAACUCUUGUAUAUGCUUAUAUUCUCUUAAGUGAAUAAUUAGAUAUUGCUAAUAGACUUGGCUAUUCAAAAUAAGCAGUAGAGAUUAUAGGUAAAUCUUCAGAUUAUUCAAUUUAUGAAUUAAAAAAGAGAUUUAUUAAUAAUGCAAUGAGAUUAUCAUAAAAAUAUUUAGGAUCUUAAGUUAGCGAUUAACUAACAAGUAUGAAUAGAUCAUUCAGUCCUGGAUUCAAUAGAUAACCAACGACUCGUUUCAAUUAAUCAGAUAGUGCAUCCUAUUAAUUUCUAGUUAAUCAAUUGAAAGUGAAUUACACUUUAAAUAAUGAAGAAAACUUUUAAAUUGAUUUUAAAUGCAACAAUUUAUUGACAAGUCCCAUGAUCUAUUAAUUAAUGGAUAAGUUAGUGCCAUAAUUAGUAAAAAAAGAAAAAGUGAAUUCCAUUUUUACUGAGUAAAGUCAAAUGGAGAAAAAAAGUUAGCCACUUAUUGUAAAAAAACAAUUCUCAAUUAAAUAAUUGAAAUAAGAGAACAUGAUUUAAUCUCAAACUCAAAAUUAAGUAUCCACUCCUUCACAAAAGAAUUCAUAGCAGAUGUCUUAAACCUAAGGAUUUCAAACUUCCUAAAUCAAAUAACAAGCCAAUAUCAGUGUCAAACCAGGUUUAGAUUCUAAUGAAUUUGAAAUUCUAUAAAAUAAAUUAGGUCGUCAAUAACAAGAAUUGGAAGAAUUAAAAUAAUUGUAUAAUACUAAUAUGGCUCAAAAAAAAAAUGAACUCAAUUAAUCAAAUUAGCAAAACUAAUAAAACGAUUAACUGAAGAAAAAGAUUGAAGUUCUAGAGACUAAUUUAGUAUAAUUGAAAAAUGAAAACACCACUUAUAAAAAGGAGAAAGACUAAAAAUAAAGUGAAGUCAAUGAGUUAAGAUCCUUUAUAUAAGAUUUGCAAGAUAAAUAGCUAAAAUUAGAAAAAUCAGUUUAAUCACAAUAAUAAUAAUAUCAAUAGUAAUAAUAAUAAUUUUAAUUGUAAUUGCAAUAAUAAUAAUAACAAGCAUCACCAUAACUACCAAAUCCAAAUCCUUCAUAACAAUAUUUAAAGAAAUAACAAAGUAGCUAAUCAACCAAAGCAAAUACGUAAUUAUAGAUGAAUAUUUAAAUUCCAAAUAAUAAUGAUGACAAGAACAGACUAUUUGUGAGAGCCUAAAGUUAAAUGAGUCAUUCUCCAGGGGAAGAAUUUAAAAAUGAAAUGGAUGAUACAAGUCCUAGAAUUAUAAAAUAGAAUUAAGCCUAUUUACUUUAAUUAUUAGAUAUGUUAGAUUUGAAUACAUCUUUCACUAAAACUUAUACCAAAUUUCAUUCAAAUAAUGAAAAUAAUUCUUGGGAAAGUGAUGUAUCAAUUGUCCAUAAUUUUAAAAUAGAAGGGUUAAUAACAGAUUCAAAUGAAGGCAAAGCACUUAUGCUCAAAGCUUAUAAUCAAUAGAAUCUAUUAUGCUCAGAAUAGAUAUCGUUUGAUCUCUUAAAAAAUCUUCUUGGCUAUGUUGACUUUUAAGAUACUCUUCCAACAAAUCUACCUAACAUCAGUACAACUCACUAAUUCUUUAAAUUUUUAAUGUUACCAUAUACUGCAAUUGUACAGGAUGAAAACACUUAGCAAUAUAAAAUUUAAUUAUGGCCUAAACCUUAUGGAUUAUUGAAUGGAUUAAAUUUGAAGGUAGAUUUCUUAGAUCUUAAUUGUCUAGUCUAUGUUCAUCAUCUAGAAACUGAUCAAUUUAGAAUUAUUAUAUUUGACCCUUCAAGUUAUGAUUGUUUCAAAUUAGAUUUAGAAAUGGACUACUCUUCUAUCGACGCUUUCUUUGUAGAUGCAAAAUCAAUUAAGGAUGAAUUCAACUAUUAUUGUAAGAGUAAUUUGUUAAAAUUGACUGAAAAAACACCUAAGUUUGGAGAUGAUGAUGUUGCUGAAGCCUUAGUAGAAAGACAUUUUUCAAAAGAAAAAGUAAAAGCAGUUUAGGCUGAAAUUAAAUAAAAUUAAUCUUAUGGCCAAGAAAAUCUAGUCUUAAAAUAGCCAGUUGACUUUCUGAAAUUCAUAAAAUCAAUUGUUUAAGUCUUUGAAUAAUAGCUCAAAUAACAAUAAAUUACUUUUCCUAAUAGUUUAUUUGGUAUGAAAUAUUUCAGAUGCAAGACUUGGAAUGCUGGCACUAAAAGUUAAAUACAAAUUGUAAAAGAACAAUUAGAUCAAUAAUAAAUUUCUAUAUAUUUGGCUAAUUGUUUUGAAUCUUUUGGACCAAACAAAUCAAAACUUAAGGCUAAAGGAAGCACCCAUAUUAACUUUUCGGCUAUUCAAAGAGAAUUUGCUGUCUCCUAUGAUAAAUUAUAAAUAGAAGAAAGAGCAACUAUUUUAUAAACUAUUUUAUAUUCAUUCAACUUGAAUAUUUUUGAGAAGGUAUGUGAAUAGGAUGAAUAACAGUUUGAUAAAAACCCUAUUGUCUAAAGUGUUUAUGAUUGCGGCUCUUACCGAAGAGUCAUCGCCUUUGAUAAUGGCAAAAUUGCUUAGGUGACUAUCUAAGUAAUUGGAUCAAACAGAAGAAUGUGCGGUAUUAAAUUUUCUGUUUUCAAUGUUGAUGAAACCAUUGAGAAUGGAGUAUUUUUGCCAGUUUCAUAAAGCGAAUGGGAUACUAGAGCGAUGGAAAAAUAAAAAAUUAAAGCAUCUGUUCAAAAUGUCCCAUUUGCAGAAUACUUAUUGACUUAAAUUCUUAAGUGUCCAACAACUUAAAUUAUUUUGUUUAAAAAGAUAUUGAAUGCUGAUUUCAAAUCAAAUUAAAUUAAUAGUAAUGAAAUUAAGAAAAGAAAGACUUUCAUUGAAAGAGUGGACAAUCUAUUAACCUGGCAAGAAGUAAUUGCAAAUUUAUGA